UUCUCUCGUUUUGCUCUGGUCUCCACCGUCUUGCUUCUUGCGCAAUAUUUAGGUAGUUAAAGUUGUAGUUUCUUGGUAAUGUUAGCGGUGGGGCAAAUGGACGGGUCUCGCCAGAGCGCUUUCCUACUCAAUACCCCACCUUUGGCUGCUCUACACAGUAUGACCGAGAUGAAGGCUCCACUUUACCCAGCCUACCCGUUAUCUUCCACUGGACCAGCAUCCUCCCCUUCACCGACAGCUACCUCUCCGAAUCCAGGCGGAAUCCCGGUCUCGUCCCCGGGGAUCAAAACAUCCACUGCACUUUCGACUCUCGGUGCUCAGUACUCAAUCGCCACACCUCACGGAAUAAACGACAUCCUCAGUCGACCCUCGGUGGUCACCGGAGCGGCGGCGGCAUCUUCUCCCGCUGGAAUCUUGUCUGGACUGCCCCGGUUCAGCAGCCUGAGUCCUCCGCCGCCUCCUGGGCUGUAUUUCAGCCCCGGUGCCGCAGCCGUGGCGGUGGCUCGCUACCCGAAACCUCUGACAGACCUUCCAGGCAGAACCCCGAUAUUCUGGCCUGGAGUUAUGCAAAGCCCACACUGGAGAGACGCCAGAUUUGCGUGUUCGCCACAUCAAAACUCAGUGCUGCUGGACAAAGAUGGGAAAAGGAAACACACGCGACCAACGUUUUCCGGCCAGCAAAUAUUUGCCCUGGAAAAAACAUUCGAGCAAACGAAAUAUUUAGCCGGACCUGAGAGAGCGCGACUGGCCUACUCUUUAGGAAUGACAGAGAGCCAAGUCAAGGUGUGGUUUCAAAACCGAAGAACAAAAUGGAGAAAACGGCACGCCGCUGAAAUGGCCUCGGCGAAGAAAAAACAAGAUUCAGAGACCGAGAGGCUGAAAGGGGCUUCGGAAAAUGAAGACGACGACGACGACUACAACAAACCUUUAGAUCCGAACUCGGACGAUGAAAAAAUAACGCAGUUGUUGAAAAAACACAAACCAAAUUCAGCUCUUAUCAUUCACACGUCGGAAAACGAGAGCUCGUAAAAAUAGAAACUGGAAAUGGGUUGUCAAAUCCUUCAAGAAUAAUGUAGGCUACUGUUUUUUUUACCAAGUUUGGGCUCUGGUUUGAGAGGAAGGAUGCAAAUCAGAGGAAUAUGCACUAUUGGUGGAGCUGAACGUGCAUCAGUGUCUGCAAUAGACACGUUUCAACAUAUAGACAACGGUACUUUUGUAAAUUAACGGCGUGAGUUGUAUCGCAUAGGAAUUAUAUUACUGUGAAUAUUUAUGUGUAAAAUAUUUUGAAUAGUAAACAUGCCAGAAUUCGUUCAUUUCGAUUCAGUUUAAUUUUUGGUUUAGGCUUUGUGAUUUGCAUUUUCAUAUCAUGAAUUUGUAUAGGGCUAGGUGCUGAUCACCCCGAGUUAUUAUUAUUAUUUUUUUCUAUGGGUGUAAGUUGCCUCAGCUCUUUGAUUCUUAAAAAUAAUCAACAAUGGAAAUACAGAAUCAUUUUCAGAAUUUACCAUUAAAGGUAAAAGACAUCUGAGCGACAGGCUAAAUGAAGGCUCGGUCAAGAGAUUGAUUUGGCCAUAACACGUGUAAAUAAACAAACACCUAACCAUAUAUUUGUAAUAUAAUGUGUUCGUUUCCCAAUGUUAGGAUGUUUCCUUCAUUUAUUUUUAUUUUUUUGUCAUGAUUAAUUUAUAAUAUUUUAAGUUUGUAAUAGUGUUUGAAUCCUGCAGAAAUGCGCCUGGCAGGUUCGUGUGUAUUGCACUUUUAUUUAAUAAAAUGUUUAACAUAUGG